ACCGGCACGGCUCUCCCUCCCUGUCUGUCUCACCGGCACUCUUCAACUCCACACAAAUCUCUCUCUCUCCCUCUCUCUCCUCGACUCCAUCCUCAUCUUCUACUCAUCCUCAUCCUCCUCUCCCUCUCGAUCUCAAGAGCCAGCAAGAACGCGGCAUCUAGCUACCUAGCAAGCAAGCAAGCUUUCUCUUCGGAUUCAUUCAUGGAGAUCGUCGACGCCGACAACCUGAGCGCCACCGAGCUCCGCCUCGGCCUGCCGGGAACCAGCAGCAGCGACGACUGGCAGAAGAAGCCGUCGCCCUCCGUCGGGGCCAAGCGCGCUCUGGACGACACCAGGAGCGAGGCCUCGGGGACCAGCUCGCCGGCCACCGCCGCAGACCUCGACCUCGACCACGACCACGACGCCGCACCGCCUCCCAAGGCGCAAGUCGUCGGGUGGCCGCCGGUGAGGGCGUACAGGAAGAACACCUUCCAGGCGGCGGCGGCGGCGGCCAAGAAGGCCGACCAGCAGCAGCAGCAGCAGGGAGGAGGGCUGUAUGUGAAGGUGAGCAUGGACGGGGCGCCGUACCUCAGGAAGGUGGACCUCAGAAUGUACAAGGGGUACAGGGAGCUCAGGGAGGCGCUGGACGCCCUCUUCACCAAGUCCUUCUCGGCCGCCGCGGCGGAGGGCGGCGACCACCAGCACGCCAUCGCGUACGAGGACAAGGACGGCGAUCUCAUGCUCGUCGGAGACGUGCCCUGGGAUAUGUUCAUCUCCUCAUGCAAGAAGCUCAGGAUAAUGAAGGGCUCUGAGGCCAGGUGAUCGUUGAUGCAUAAACAGAGGCUAUGGACACAUCACGACAUGGGAAACGGAUCGAAGAGCACAGAUCGUGCCUGAGGAAGGAGCUGUGUCGUGGCUUGAGCUCUCCAGUGUUGUACAAAGAGAUGUUUGUUUCUGAAUCCAAGAGGGAGAAAGGUCUCUGAAGGCGUGUAUAUAAAUCUUAGCUAGCUGUUUUGUUUCAAGUCAUGUUUUGUAUGAGCGAAGGCUGUAAAAAAAAUGCAAAAUGAAAUGAGAAAUUUGACUAAAGCUGGUCAUUUUCCUCUCCACAUCCUUCGAAAAAAAAUUCUCUUCACAGGUUCUCCUCUCUGUAUGAGAUAAAUUACUUUCCUGUCACUGAGGUUUUGCAUAAUCCCUGUCAUUACCCUGAGCUAUAAAUCAAAAUGAACACUGUCCCAACGCAGCGUUUAUUUUUUCA